AGACAAUCUGCUUCAUCUUGAUUCUGCAGCAUUCCAAACUGUGGUAUCCUUGGGGUUCUCUUAACAUUGCAAUGGUGCAGAAGAUUUAAAAUCAGCUGAUGUUCACAAGGAAUAGAGUCACGUGAUGUAUGAAGGGAAACAUAUACACUUCUCUGAGGUUGACAAUAAGCCCUUGUGCUCAUAUAGCCCCAAACUGUGCAAGCAGCGGCGACUCAACGGGUACGCUUUCUGUAUCAGACACGUUCUGGAGGACAAGACUGCCCCCUUCAAGCAAUGUGAAUAUGUGGCCAAGUAUAACAGCCAACGCUGCACCAACCCCAUCCCCAAAUCAGAGGAUCGUAGGUACUGCAACAGCCACUUGCAGGUACUUGGCUUUAUCCCGAAAAAAGAGAGGAAGAAAAAGAAUGAUCCUAUAGAUGAGGUGAAGGUCAGGCACCAGAUGGAUACCAUGGCCUUUAGCCUGACGGUGCCCCCGUUGGCCUUGAAGAUGCCCAACGGGCUGGAUGGAAUGUCCCUCUCUCCACCUGGGGCUAGGGUCCCUCUCCACUACCUGGAAACCGAGUUGGAAGACCCAUUCGCUUUCAACGAGGAAGAUGAUGACCUAAAGAAAGGGGCAACUGUGAGAAAGAAGUUGCAGAGCAAGUUGGCCCAGAAUCGGCAGCGCCAGAGAGAGACGGAGAUUUUAAAAGUCCGACAAGAGCACUUUAGUCCCCCUCCUGCGCCUUCACAGCAGCAGGCCCCGCCGCAGCUCUCCCACCUGUCACCUUUAGCCUCGUCCUUGAAACCUCCAGCACCACCGCCACCGCAGGGUGUAGUCUGCAAGUCCCCUCCACCUCCGAGCACCAGCCUACCAAUGCAGGGAGUGGCCCCCACCACACACACUAUAGCACAAGCGAGGCAGUUGCCCCACAAGAGGCCGCUGCCCCUCCUGCCAUCCAGUAGGGCUCCCGCCACGGACCCGCCCAGGACUGACCGGGUCCUCAUGAAAGCCACAGCCUUCUCUCCACACUUCUCCUGUAUAAGUCGCCUGCACAGACUGGUGAAACUGUGCGCCCAGAAACAUCAGUUGGACACUGAUCUGUUUCCCCAUUUAGGUUUGGACUGGUCCGAAGAGAGCGGGGAGGAGCUAGAGGACUCAGAGCAGGCCUCGCCAUACCAGGUGGCAUGGUCCAUCCGAGACACCCUCAGAUAUGAAAGACACACGUCAGACGACGAUGAUACGGAGAGUAGGAGCUCCAGGGUGACCCAACUUUGCACUUACUUUCAGCAGAAAUAUAAGCACCUCUGCCGCCUGGAGCGGGCAGAAUCUCGUCAAAAGAAAUGCCGGCACACGUUUAGGAAAGCUUUGCUGCAGGCGGCCAGCCGAGAACCGGAGUGUGCUGGUCAGUUGAUGCAGGAACUGCAGAGAGCUGCCUGCAGCCGAACCAGCAUAAGCCGGACCAAGUUGAGGGAGGCGGAGCCAGCAGCAUGCAGUGGAACCGUGAAGGGUGAACGGUGCCCUAACAAAGCCCUUCCAUUCACCAGACAUUGUUUCCAGCAUAUCCUCUUGAAUCGCUCUCAGCAGCUUUUCUCAAGUUGCACGGCCAAGUUUGCAGACGGACAGCAGUGCUCUGUGCCCGUGUUCGACAUUACACACCAGACCCCUCUGUGUGAAGAACAUGCCAAAAAAAUGGAUAAUUUCUUGAGAGGAGAUAGCUCCCGUAAAGUUCAGCACCAGCAGCAGAGGAAACCCAGGAAAAAAACCAAGCCUCCUGCACUUACCAAAAAACACAAGAAGAAGAGAAGGCGUGGACCUCGUCGACCCCAAAAACCCAUUCCCCCUGCAGUACCCCAAGGGAACCUCAGCAUGCCCACCAGCGUCUCACUGCCAGUGGAGGCUGCUCAGAUCCGGAGCCCGUCCACGCCGGAGCUGAGUGCUGAUGAGUUGCCGGAUGACAUUGCCAAUGAGAUCACUGACAUUCCACAUGACUUGGAAUUGAACCAGGAGGACUUUUCAGACGUCCUGCCACGGCUACCUGAUGACUUACAAGAUUUUGAUUUUUUUGAAGGAAAGAAUGGAGACCUCCUUCCAACUACCGAAGAGGCCGAGGAACUUGAACGGGCCUUGCAGGCUGUAACUUCUCUUGAGUGCCUGAGUACCAUUGGGGUACUUACCCAGUCAGAUGGUGUGCCCGUCCAGGAGUUGUCAGAUAGAGGAAUAGGGGUGUUCUCCACAGGUACUGGAGCUUCAGGAAUUCAGUCCUUGAGCCGAGAAGUUAACACGGACCUAGGGGAGCUAUUGAAUGGGCGCAUAGUACAUGAUAAUUUUUCUAGUCUAGAGCUGGAUGAGAACCUGCUCCGUUCUGCUACCUUGUCUAACCCACCUACACCCCUGGCAGGGCAGAUCCAGGGGCAGUUCUCUGCCCCAGCCAACGUUGGCCUUACUUCUGCCACUCUGAUCAGCCAGAGUGCACUUGGGGAGAGAGCCUUCCCAGGACAGUUUCAUGGACUACAUGAUGGCAGCCAUGCCUCCCAGAGGCCACAUCCUGCCCAGCUGCUGAGCAAGGCAGAUGACCUAAUCACCUCACGACAGCAAUACAGCAGUGAUCAUUCACACUCCUCGCCCCAUGGAAGCCAUUAUGAUAGUGAGCACGUGCCGUCUCCCUAUAGUGACCAUAUCACCUCUCCCCACACAACAUCUUAUUCUGGUGAUAAUAUGGCAGCUACCUUUUCAGCAGAGAUGCCCAUCAUGGCGCAGCACUUGCUCCCAACCCAACUCGAGGUGCCACUUGGAGGAGUCGUAAACCCCAGAACUCACUGGGGCAAUCUCCCUGUCAACCUUGGAGAUCCCUCUCCAUUUAGCAACCUUCUCGGCGCAGAUGGACAUCUUCUUUCCACUUCCCUAUCCACACCACCCACCACGUCGAACUCAGAGACCACACAGCCUGCCUUCGCCACCGUGACCCCCAGCAGCUCCAGUGUGCUUCCGGGGUUACCGCAGACCAGCUUCAGUGGCAUGGGGCCUUCUGCUGAACUCAUGGCCUCCACCUCUCCCAAGCAGCAACUCCCUCAGUUCAGCGCAGCCUUCGGCCACCAGCUGAGUUCUCACAGUGGCAUUCCUAAGGACCUGCAGCCCAGCCACAGCUCGAUAGCCCCUCCUACAGGCUUCACAGUAACAGGUGCCACAGCUACAAGUACCAAUAAUGCAUCUUCUCCCUUUACCUCCCCUAACUGAGCGUGUCUGUGUGUUUGCAGGCAGGUGGGGAACCUGGUGUUUUCUAUCUUUGUUUCCUGUUUAGCAUCCCUCUCCCCCUUUUCCUAAAGAAGAUUUUAAAAAUAACAGAUGGGGACUAAAGGGGAACUCCCUUUCCCGGUUCAGCAAGCAAGCCUGCGGCGGACCUUGCUUCAGUGUUCACGCGUGCUCCUUCGCACUGGUGCUCAUUCCCUCCUGGCGGGUUCUCUCUACCCCGAUGGUUUCCUUAGUGGCUCAGCACAGUGACUGGCUAGAGUUGAUUUUUAGCAGCAAGUCCUAGAAGUGGAAGAUACCUCAGAUUACCAGUGCCCUUUACUAUUUCCUAGU